AUGGAAACACAGAAAACAGCGACUACUGGUGGUGCAACAGCAACAGCACAAGAGGUGGAGACCAAAUCAUUUAAACGUGAGGCCAGUUGGCCAUCGGUAUUAUUUUUUAUACAUUUGCAUAUUUUGGGUCUAUAUGGUAUUUUUGUUACACUGACCAGUGCCUCAUGGCUGACCAUUGUAUUCACAUUGACAUUAACAGUAUUGGGUAUUUUGGGAGCAACAGCUGGUGCCCACAGGCUGUGGGCACAUGGCACAUAUAAGGCCACCAAUGGUCUGAAAAUUUUCCUUAUGCUGUGUCAAACAAUUGCUGGUCAGGGUUCCAUCUACAAUUGGGUGCGUGCUCAUCGCUUACACCAUCAGUACUUCCGUAAGCCCGAGGAUCCAUACUAUAGCAACAAAAACUUUAUGUCAGCCCAUGUCUAUACACAGCUCUUGAGUUAUAGCAGUGAACAGGAAGAGUUGCUGAAUAAAGUGGAUAUGACAGAUUUGGAACAGGAUAAAGUUGUUAUGUUCCAAAAGAGAUUCUAUUGGCUAUUGUUUGUCGUAUUGCACGUUCUACUGCCUGUCAAUGCACCAUUGGAAUAUUGGGGAGACUCUUUGACCGCCUCCAUUGUUGUGGCCUUCUCCCUCCGUUAUAUGGUUGUCCUGAAUAUCUGCUGGCUAAUUAACUCCGCCCACUUUGUUUGGGGCCUGGACAAAAGUUUCAAACCUUCCGAUUCAAAUAGUGUCUUCUUCAUCACGAAAAGCUAUUGGCCACAAUAUCAUUAUAUGCUUCCCAAUGAUUAUCAAAGUGGUGAAUUUGGUGAUUAUGCAAGUGGCUUCACCACAGCCAUGAUUCGGGUAUUUGCUGCUCUGGAUAUGGCCAGUGAUUUGAAGACGAUUAGCUCAACAGCUGUGCGUAAUGGUCUCACCGAAGCUGUGGAAACUGGUCGGGCAAUUGUCGAUUGCAUUAAUGAACAGGCGGAAAAGGAGCAAGCAGAAUUGCCGAAAAAUCAUUUCUUAAAUCGCAAUAAAUUUAUGUGAA